CCAAGCUAUUGAGAGCAGCUGCAACAAAACACUUGGUAGGCCUCAUGAGAUACGACACUCUACUGUUGCAUCAAUAUUUGCAAACAGACAGGCUUCAUUGACAGUGUCAAAUCGAUGUUGAAGUAUAGCGACAAUCUUAAUUUGUUUUAUUUUUAAUAGCCGCCUGGAGGAUAUGAAAAGAGGCUCGUGCGUAAUAACGUUACCUGCGAACUAGCCCGCUAGCCAAAGUUAGCGGACUGGGACUCUGCUAGGUGAUGAUUAGGUCAGAGACUGCCAUGGGCGGACGCAAAUGCUGGAAACCACAAUCUAAACUUUGUUCUCAUAAACACUCUUGGCUAAUUUGCAAGUGAUGCACGGACUCCAGUUCAGCUCUAUCCGGCCAUGGAAAAAAGAGAGGAAAAGGAGCUGGACGAGAUCAGCCUGCGCUUGCACAGGGACGGUGUGUCCCCUGAGGCUUCAACAGACGAGCGUGAGCGGCACCUGUGGCAUUUGCUCCAGAGCAGUGAGGGCAGCCUGACUGCCGCCACUGAAGACCUGCAGAGUUUGCGCACACAGCAGGCCAGCGAGAUGAGAGAGGUGGAAAAUUACGUGGAGCAUAUUCGAAACAUGCUGGAGGAGCGGGAGUCUCUUACAGCGGAGUACGAACGUGACAACGAACAGCUCCGUGCUGAACUUGCUCUAAUGAAACACCAACAGGACUCCCAGUGUAAGGAGGUGGUGGAGAUGCUGGAGCAGGAGGGUCUAGCGGACAUCAGCCAGAGCAGUGCGAGUGAGCAAGUGGCCUAUCUGCUGGUGGAGAGAGUCACUCUGCUGGAGAGACUAGAGGCUGCUGAAAGAAAGCUGGACACCCAGACCCUCACCGGCAACCUCAGAGAGGUGCAUCUACAGGAGGAGCUGGAUCAUAUCCGUCACGCAUUGGAAGAGGAACUUAGACAGCAAAAGGAAAAUAUGAAUGAGGCCCACAGUGAAGAACUCGGCAAAGAACGCACAGAGCGGCAGAAGCUGGAGAGGGAUCUGGAAGAGGCAUCGAGUCGUCUUGCUAUGGCACAUGAAGAGAUUCGCCACCUGACAGAUGAACUAGAUAUCGCUCGUAAGGUCCAAAACUUGUCUGUACCUGACCUGCAGAAAACUGGGGAAGAAGUGGAACUGUUAAAACAGGAAGUGGACAAGCUUAAACAGUGUGAUAUGGUGGAGCUGCAUAAGGCCAAGGAACGCAAUGAACGACUGGAUGGGGAGAUUUGUGCGCUGAGGGAUAGAGUUCGCUCAUUGGACACAGAGAGGAGGACUCUUCUUAAACUGGUUGAACAAUCAAAGCUGCACUCGGUUCAAGGGAUCAGCGAGACAUUAGAGCACAAUAAAAUAUACUCUGCACAGGGUGUUGGGAAUAAUGUUAAUGCGGAUUCAUCGGUGGCUCCAGACGAUGAGACACUCCACAAAAGGUGUCGGAGAGAGUCUGAAGAUAAGGACAGCCGCCUGCGAGAGCUGGAGAGGAGGUUGCAGAAGCAGCAGCGGGAACACGAGGAGUUGGUGGAGCGGAACGAGGAGCUGGAGGCACUGUUGGGGGAAGCGCAGAACGCAGCGAAAGACGAGCGAGAGCAUCAUGAGUGUGAGAUAGAGGGGUUACAGAGAAAGAUUAAAAGUAUUGAGGAAGAACUGAGUAAGAGGGAUAUCAAGAAACUUGAGAAGAAAGAUGAAGAUCUGGUUCGAGGAACUGACUCUGAGCUUAGUGAGAGCAUUCAAGAAAGACUGAAGUUCCUCGAGGGUCGUCUUGCUGAAGAAAAAGGUUGGAGGAAGCAGUUGGAGGUGGAUCUAUCUGUAGCCAAGGCUGCGCUCAAAAAGGAGAAAGAGGUCAUGCAAAAAGACCAUGAGGAGCUGAAGAGAUUACGUGUGGAGGUCCAGAGUCUAGAGGUAGAAUGUCGACAAGGGAAGACACUCAACAAGAACCUCACGCAGAUUAAAGGAGAAAAGGGAAUUUUGGAAGAAAAGGUGGCCCAGUUGGAGCGUGCUCAGACGCGGCUCCAGGACAACCUGACACUUCAGACAGAGAACAGCCGGGCUGAAGAGGACCUGAGAGACAGCAGGGGACAGGUGGUAGAGCUUAAGUCCAUGGUGGACAAACUGAGAACAGAACUGACUCGACUAGAGAAGGAGCACAACACUCUAAGGGAUGAGCUGAUGGAGAAGCGUGGGCAGGUGAUGCAGCUACAGAGAGAGCUCAGCGAGAAAGCCCACGAGAGGCUUCAGACUGACGGGGAGAAAGAGAGACUCAGUCUGGAGGUCCUGCAUGUGAGACAGCAGCUCCAGUAUACCAGAGAGCAGACACCCAGAGCAUCACAGGAGCAGAUGGCCAACCACAAGCCUUCUGCACAGGAUGAGGGGGUUUGUCAGCUGGCCUGUGUGAAGUCAGAGAUGAGUAAGCUACACUCCACCCUGGAGGAGGAGAGACAGCUGGCUGGCCAACACCAGCUGGCCCUGCAGGCCCAGAUCAGUGAAGCUCAGGCCCGGGCUAAGGCUCAGGACUCACUCCUAAAACAGAAGGGAGAGGAGAACAAACAGCUGAGACAGGACCUGCAGAGAACUCAGCAUCUCUUCACCUCUGCUGAGCGAGAGCUACGCUAUGAGAGAGAGAAAAAUCUAGACCUUAAGAGACACAAUGCACUCCUAGAUCAGGAAAAGAUCAAGCUGUGUGCGGAGCUGAAGCAGGCCCAGGCCAAAGUAGCCCAGCAGGAGGGCAGCGCAGCAGGACAGGUGGCAGAGCUGGAGAGACUCCAGCAGAGAGCCAGAGAUCUGGAGCUGGACAUGGCCAGAAGCGCUCAGAACCGACAGACUAACAGAAGCUUGAUGGAGGAGCUCAAUUCAGAGAGGGCACGUGUGAUUGCUGCUGACAAGAAGGUCGUAGAUCUGCAGCAGCAACUGAAGAACGCUCUGCACCAGAUACGCCUGGAAGAGGCCAGAGCAGGAGAGACCAGCAAACUAGAAAGAGACACCAGAGACAUGUCCGAUAACCUGUCUGCUCUCAGAGCCCGACUGCAAGAGGAUCAACUACAGAGGAAAUUACUUGAGCAGAAAGACGAGGAACUCCAGCAGCAGGUGCGCUCAUUGCGGGCGAAGGAGGCGACUAUGACACGCAACAACUUGGAGAUGUCACACCGCACGCAGGAGCUGGAGACGCGGCUGCAAGUGCUGGAGAGCGAACUUAACACAGCUAGAGAAGAGCAGAGAGGCGGUCAGAAGAGCUGCCACAGGCUGGAAGAACAGCUUCUGUCUUCCCAACAUGAGUCUGAGAGACUGCAGGAGGAACUGAAGCUGGUUGUUCAGCAGCUUGACACUCACAUUAGGAGACACAACGAGAAACAGUCUCAGCACAAAACCAAGUUGCGCAGAGCUAAACAGAUCUUCAUGAAGACAGUCGCCCAACAUGAGCACAGGAUCCAGCAGCUGGAAAAUGAUCUGGCUCUUGCGACAAGUCUCUCAGAGAAAGAGAAGGACUGGAUUAGGACUAUGACAGAAGAAAACGACCAGCUCCUCCUGGAGAGACGAGAACUUCUGCAGCGAAUAAGUGAAGCUGAGGAGAUGGGAAACAAUGGACUGAGAACUGCCACUACCAUCCAGCAGAGAGUUAAAUUUCUGGAGAUGGAGAAUAAAGAGCUGCAAGAAAAAACUCUAACAUUGGCCAAUCAGAUAGGAAUUUUAGAUCGUGCAUUGAGAAACCUUCAGUCGAUGUGUACAGUUGAGGAGGUCAAGAAAAUGUUUCCUUCUGGAGCUCAUCAUGAUAGCCUGUUGCGGACAUCAACGCCAAGUCCACAGCCUGGGCUCUGUGACUCAUGGGGAAUAUUGGAUGCCAUUCGCAAAGUCAAAGUGGGUGAGUCUGGAGUGAAGAGCCUAGAGAUCUCCUCGUCUGUGCCCGUUUCACAGUCCACUGAGAUAGGCUACCUGAACCUGACCUCACCUGUGGCUCCCAACAGCAGGUUAGAGCAGGAGGAGAGUCUCAGUGCCACAAGCGAUGAGGCCUGAGGGAGUUACAAAGACUGUGAAAUGCCAUUACAGAGUUUGCCAAUCUGAAAAGUCACUGGAUCAGUCAAGGUUUAAAAAUAAGCGACUGUAGAAGGGUAAAACGUUGUUUAGAUGGGUAAAACAUAGACAACUUGCUCAAGAAAUAGUUUCUGUGGCACCAU